AUGCCCAUUUCCAAGAAGGAAAAGAAAAUGGAAGUUUACGAGAGCUUGGAGAAGAUUGAGAAGAUUGGAGAAGGAACUUAUGGUAAGGUAUACAAAGUGAAGGACAUUAACACAGGUCAGAUUUUCGUGCUUAAGAAGCUCAAGAUCGAGAAUAAUGAUGAGGGAGUUUCCGUCAGUACACUAAGGGAGAUAUCACUCUUAAGGGCACUUUCUAAUAGGUCUUACAUUGUAAGAUUGGUUUCUCGCAAUCUUUACUUUUUAAGCGAUGUUAAACAGGACUAUACAGAUUUUAUUAUCAUAGCAGAGUAUAUUAAAUUUUUGGCUGAUAGAAUAGUUCAUGGAAGUCUGUUGCCUUCAUGGAGACCCUUGAAUCCUGCUAUUGGACGUGAAACAAAUAAGGAACAAAGUGGGUAA